ACUUAUUGUUACGUCACAAAUAGUUUGUGUGUUGUUAGAUACAGUCAUUGCCUUGGGGCUCUGUAAAGAUCAUGGGUCUUUUUCAAAGUUGCUUUGCCAAAAAUAACAAAGUGGGCGUGAUGAAGGAAGAGAUGGAGGCGUACGAGAAAGUACGACGUACAGUGGUUACAGACGAAGUAACAAAAAAGAAAGGCGGUGUGGCUUUUGAUCUCACCUUCGUUUCAGAGGAAACCCCAAAUAUGCCUCCACCGAGAUUGCUUGAAAACAAAAAGGAGGAUUUUGAGAAAUGGAGAGAGUCUCAGGAAAAAGCCCAGAUUGAGAAGCAGGAGCGGGCACAACAGAACAGAGAGGAAGCCCGCAUCCAGAAAGAGAUUGAAGUGGCCCACAAGGAGAUGGAGAGGCUCGAGAAAUACAUCAACAUAGAUAUAUCACUGCCGAAUAAAUUGGACUCUUCUUCCAUUGACUAAAAUUUUAAUUUACACAAUGCUUUAAUCUGUAAUUUUGAAAAUUGGAACCAAAGAGGGGAUACCCGAGCCCUUUAUUUGCUCUAUUUGGCUUAUAAUUUUACCUUUUUUCUUUUUUGGCUUUUUUUUUUUUUUUUUUGAUAUUGUAAAUUACCAAUUCGCAAUGUGGGGCCUUGGAGACAGAUCUAAGGCUAGCACUGUGAAACAAAAUUUUACUAUUCCAAUAUGUUCACUUUUUCGGAACAUUGGCCCUAUAAAUACUCAUUCCGUCAGGGAUCAGGAAUGGGUAUUACGUUGGAACACCCAUCCCGUCAGUGAUCAGGAAUGGGGGUUCCUCGUCAAAAACUUCUAAAUUGUAAAUGAAACAUCCGUUUAGAGAUGUCCAAAAGCUUCGUUGUCCUCUCUUUUCAAAAAGCUGGUAUUCAAAGGUUUAAUAAACUAAUUAUUUGCAAGCAA